UAAAAGCUAAAUCCAUUACGAAACAAAUAAAACCGUAUCACUGACGGAAACCCGACCCGUAAUUCCUCACCGGAGCUCUCCUCCUCUCCCUUCCUUUUGUUUACCCAAUUCAAACAACAACAACUUUCCUCCCUCACAAAAAUGGAAGAAAGAAACCCUAACCCUAAAAAUAUCUUUAAAAAUAAAAAAAUAAAUAAUAAUAAUAAUAGUAGUAAAAAUUAUGAAUUCUGUAAUGUAUGCAAAUUAAAUCAUAACGUAGGUCGUCGUCGUCACAAUUACUUUCCAAAUCAUAUAAAAUCUUUAUCUAAUUUCUUAUCCCGAUUUCAAUCCAAGCUUUCUGAGAUUCGUAUUUACAUAAAAAACCCUAAAUUAAUUGUUAAUGCUUCGGAUAUUAAUAACAAGAGCUUUUGGUGUGUGUUUUGUGAGUGUGACGUCACUGAAUUUGGCACCUCUUUUGUUCGUGAGAAAGCUAUCGGUCAUCUUGCAAGUGCAGAUCACUUGAAAAACUUGAAACAUUUUAUGUGGAAGUAUGGUGGUGGAAUGGAUCGAGUUGAUCAUUUUCGGGUUUCUGAAGCGGAUCUUGCAAAGUAUGAAAUGAAGUGCAUAGCAAUAAAGAGAGAAGGCGGUGGUGAACAAUCCCGAGGACUGCUAAUUGGACCUUCAUAUGAUAUCCACAAUGAACUGAAAUUUGAUUAUGUAGAUAACUUAGAAAAAAAUUGUAUCGACUCUCAUAUCAUAACUUUCCCAAAUGGUGUUUUACCUUUACAAAAUCAUACAAAUGAGAAUUAUCAGGUAUCUUAUUCAGAUCGCUCUGGAGGUGCAGCAACCAACCCUCCAUAUGAUUUUAAAUCAUUGCCGUUGACUUCAGAUGCAAAGCCUUCAAAUAAUUUACGAGGCAGGGGUGGCUCAGCUGAAGGUUAUCAUCACAAUGGACUGGGGAAGAGAUGGCAGGUAUAUGCAGAGGAAAGUGAAGCUAAUGGGGAGGGUAGCUCAGCAGGUUUGCAGAAGCUCACUCGAAUAUCUUCCACAAUUCAUGAAGUGGAUGCAGGAAAUGUACAUUCUGGAGCACCCCCUCCUUGGUUUGAUACAACUAGUGGAAUCUAUCCCGAUCUUCCCCUGAAACCCGUACAUGGAAUGGAUCCUGUUAAAGUUAAAACCAUAAAGUCAAAAUUAAAUCCUAAAAGGGUUGGAGCUGCUUGGGCUGAAAAAAGAAAGAUGGAGAUGGAAAUGGAGAGAAGAGGGGAGUUGCCUGUCAAUAGAUUUGACGCAAACUGGCUGCCCAACUUUGGUAGAGUCUGGCAAUCAGGGAGCAGAAAAGACUCCCGGAAAGAAUUUGAGGUGGAGGCGAAUAAACCUGUCAUGGAUGAAAUUCAGUCUGAUUCAUCAUUCCAGUUACAACCUUAUAUAAGCAAGAGAAUGCGCCUAGAAUCGGAAAGAUGAUGCUUUUGAUUAUAGCCAUAACAAGUUAUGCAAAUGGUGUCAAAGCCAUGAUAUUAUGAUCUCUUGCAUCAAAAGAUAGAACUUGUGCAACCUGUUCUAUCGCCACCACACAGAGGGAUGCUAAUGAGAUUAAAGCCAUGUAUCAUGAUUGCUAGCAUCAAAAGAUAGAACUUGCAUGGGUGUUUUCUCAGCUGGUUAUGUAAAUGUUACACUUUUGUAUAGGUUUCGUAAUCAAUUAAUUGUUUUAAGUUGAAGCUCA